UUCCCGCUGAUUUACUGAUAUUCGCCGCAACUGAUAUGAAAGUGGAUAACUCCUCCCUUACUGGUGAAUCAGAACCACAAGAAAGGAUGAAGACAAAUACUUUCAAGAAUCCACUAGAGGCUACUAACGUUUGUUUUAACGGUACCCUAGUUGUAUCGGGUGAAGGUUAUGGUAUUGUCAUCAGAACUGGCGAUCAUACUGUAUUGGGUCAAAUUGCCGGUCUUACCGCAGGAGAAGAAAAGAACAAGUCACCUUUAGCACAAGAAAUUGAUGAUUUCGUAAAAUUAAUAGCUACUAUUGCCUUGAUUUGUGCUUUUAUUUUUUUUGGAGUUGGUUUUAGUGUAUAUAAUAGUGUUGCUCUUAAUGUUAGUUUCGCCAUUUCCAUACUUGUUGCAUGGGUUCCCGAAGGGUUGCCAGCUACUGUCACAGUCCUUUUGACUAUAGCAGCAAAGAGAAUGGCAGCACAAAAUGUACUUGUAAAAGAUCUUCAAGGUGUUGAGACACUUGGAGCGAUUACUCUUUUGGCUACAGAUAAAACCGGUACUUUAACUAGAAACCAAAUGACUGUAACUUAUAUUUGGUCUUCUUUAAAUAUGUAUUCAGCAUUUCGAAACAUGCAAUCUGAAAAUACUCCUUUCGAUCCAAAUGCACCUGGUAUUCAAGAAAUUAUUCAUAUUUCUUCAUUAUGCUCCCGUGCUAAAUUUGAUCGUACCGACAUUCCAUUCGCUGAGCGUUCAAUCCUUGGUGACGCUACUGAAACAGGGUUAAUACGCUUCGCCGCUCAAAAUGUAGAUGAUUAUGAUGAACUUAUUAAGAAAUACCCAAAAGUUUUCGAAAUUCCUUUCAAUUCUGAAACAAAAUGGGCACUCACGAUUCAUAAGAAGAAACAUAACAAGGGUGAUCUAACUUUGUAUAUCAAAGGAGCACCUGAACGCGUACUUAGACUUUGCACAACAAUAUUGUCAGAUGAGAAUGCAAUUCCUUUGACUGACGAACAUAAAAAGAAAUAUGACGAGAUUUAUGAAUUUAUGGCUUCAAAAGGACAUCGAGUUUUGGCUUUUGCACAAUUAUUGUUACCAGCUGAUCCAUACCAUGAAGGUUUUGAAUUUAAAAAAGAGAAGAAGAAUUACCCAAUAGGUGAUUAUUGUUUUGUUGGAUUAGCUUCACUGGAAGAUCCUCCGAAGCAUGGAGUUCGUGAAGCUAUUGGCCGUUGUCGUACAGCCGGUAUUCGGGUAAUGAUGGUGACUGGCGAUCAUCCUUUAACCGCUGAGGCUAUUGGACGCAAAAUUAAUUUAAUGUUAUCAGACACUAAAGAACUUAUUGUUAAAAAAACUGGUCGAUCUAUUGAAUCAAUCCGUGAGGAUGAAUACAACGCUAUUGUCAUUCACGGCGAACAGAUAGAUUCCUUAAGUAAUAAUGAUUGGGAUAAUAUCUUUUCUAAAACUGAAAUUAUUUUUGCACGUACUUCUCCUCGUCAUAAGCUUGAAAUUGUCAAACGUGCACAAUCUAUUGGUCAUAUCGUAGGAGUAACUGGUGAUGGCGUAAAUGACUCACCUGCUUUAAAGAAAGCCGAUUUAGGGAUCGCUAUGAAUCAAUCUGGAUCUGAUGUUUCUAAGGAGGCGGCCGCUAUGAUUUUAAUGGAUGAUAACUUUGCCUCUACAGUGAAGGGUAUUGAAGAAGGGCGUCUGAUUUUUGCGAACCUUAGAAAGUCUAUUCAAUACACCAUUACUCAUUCAACACCACAAGUUGUGGUUUCAUUGCUAUUUGUUGUUGUACCUAUCCCAUUACCGUUGACUCCAAUUCUCAUAUUGUUAACAGACUUGGGAUUUGAAUUAUUUUUAGCUCUGUCAUUUGCUUGGGAUAAACCAGAAAGCGAUACAGGUCUAAUGAAAUUACCUCCUAGAAAACCCGUUACUGCUACUUCAAUAGAACGUAUACGUCGCCAUGCUCUUAAUCGAACUCCAACUAUCACCGAUCCGGAAACUGGUCAUCAUGUAACUCCUUCAAAAGUUUCACAAAUUUUGCAUACAAUGAAAAAACCUUUUACAAAAACAUGGUGGUCUGAUUUAUUAGAGGGUUCUGAAGGUGAAGCGUUGGUUGAUGCAAAGCUUCUCAGAUGGUCAUACUUGGAAAUUGGCGUUAUAGAAUUAAUUGGCGCAUUGGUUGCAUAUUUCGUAGUUUUAAAUUAUCAUGGUAUCACUCCACGUGAUGCACGAAUAAUGCAACAUGGAGUAACUGAAGGAAAAUAUUUCACAGAUGACGCAAUACCUUAUCCAAAUGUUCAUAAUACCGUGAUAACGAGAGAUGUGCAAAUUAAAGCAUUGGCUGAAGCACAAUCAAUUGUAUAUUUGUCCAUCAUGAUUCAACAGAUGUUCAAUCUAUUCGCUUGCAAAGCUCGAUUUCGGUUCCCAUUUGGUAAAUUUAUCUUCUCAAAUCCUCGUAAUUUCCUUGGGCUAACUUUUGGUGUCGUAUUGGGCAUGUGCGUUGUUUAUAUCCCACCAUUUAACGUUGCAUUUAAAACGAGUUAUACACUUAGUCCAAUAUUCUGGUUAAUACCUUUGGGAUUUGGUAUUGUAAUCUUGAUUUAUGCUACUAUUAAAAUAAUUUUAUUGAGGAAAUUGCGUCCUAUAAAUUUGAAUCCAGAAAUUAUAGGAUUACAAAUGCAUCCUACCAUACGAUCCGUUGAAAGAAAAACCUAA